CGAUUUAUCUUUGAUGAAUGACCAACUUAAAUAUCAGGGAACAACAGCAAUGUAAUGCACUCUUUUAGGCAAAUUCAGUCCUGGGGCCCUCAGGCCAGAGUGGGGCAGCAAAGCACCUAUGGGGCUGACUACAAGCCCCCCAGUGAUCGGCCCCUCUCGCUGUUCCGGCUCCAUGCAGAGCCCUCUUGCACCACACACCAGAAGUUGGUGGAUGUGUGGGCUCAGUACCACAGACAGUGUUUCCAGACCAGUACCAACGGCCCACGGAACCCCGCCUCUGCCUUCACUCAGAAGGGGAGAACAGUGAGGGCAGCUAUGUUAGAGAGUGAGAAUUUCAGUAAGAUCCCAGUGGAGAGGACAGCUCCUCGAGAGAAGGGGCAGAGCCAGAUACCACCAAAGCGUUCGAGCUUCGACUCUGGGGAACGAAGGUCAGUCUCCCCCUUUCUCUCCUGGACCUCAGUUCAUAACUCCGGCCCGUCCCGCCCUGCCCGGAAAGAGGCAUGGAUGCAGGCAACAGGGGACCCGGCACUGGGGGUCUCAACCAAAGCCAAGGACGGGGUGGAGCUGCCUCACAUCGGCAGUGGAGAAGGAAGUGAUGCGGAGCCCCCGCUGCAGUUGGAGGGGUUGAGGGUGGAGCAGUUCCGUCGGGACAUGACCCACUCAUCUAGGCUGGAAGGCCAGAUCAACCAGCGCAUAGCCACCCAAUCUAACCUCAUGCACCUAGGUGCAGUAUGA